AUGCGAUGGGCUUCUGUAGCUGCAGCACUGCGCAGCGCAAGCGAUAUUGGGAGAAUGGCACUAGAAGACAGCGAGGCGACACAUUCAACAACCGGGGUACAGCCGGAUGAUGCGACUGGGCCGGAUAGGGAAGCACAAGGCGCAGAGAGCUCGAGCACAGCUGCGCCAGAGCACAUUCACACACAAAACGCGGACGGCACCCAGCCUGGUGAGGGCUCUGCCGCGCUCGUCGCGGACGGGGAGACGGUUGCGGCCGGUCUUAGGGCUGGCGCGCAAUGGGCGGACGAGACGGUGACUGUGGAACUACCGGAAGACGUCAGCGAGGCGGAUUGCCUGAGUUCGGACGAGGAGGGGCUCGGCGCGACACCGGCUGCGGCUGCUAUGCAGACAAGCGCGGAGCAAGGUGGCAGCGACGGCGGCAGCGCAGAGCAGGGCGGCAGCGACGACAGCAGCUCUGAGAGCAGUGCUGAUGAGGCCGACGCCGCGCUUUCGGAUGCCGAGCUGGACGAAGAGGAGGAUGCACCACAGGGGCCCGUGCGCUCGAAGAACGAGCUUGUGGAGGAGCCGCUGCCGGAGAUCCCGGCCGACUUUGUUGUGGAAUCCGACACUCCGAUCUUGGAGAUCGGCACGAUCAAAUCCGCGUUCGACCAGAACAUAAUUGUGCAGGCCAUGCUCUCCGGGGAACAGCGGGUGCUGCAGGAAGGCUCGAUUUUCUGUCUGGCGGACCGCACGGUUGUGGGGCCCGUCUGCGAGGUCUUUGGGAAACUUUCGAACCCGUUCUACAGGGUGACGUUCCCUAAGGACGCUGCCGAGAAGUUCGAGCUGUUCAAGAACCAGUUGGGCGCGCAGGUAUUCCUGGUGCAGCCAAAGGCUCAUUGGCUGGACACCUUUGAGAUCAAGCAGGUACGCGGCACCGAUGCCUCGAACGGCGUAGACGAGGAAGUGCCAGAAGAUGAACAGGAGUUUUCUGACGACGAGGCUGAGGCCGAAUUCAAACGGCAGAAGAAGCUGGCGAAGAAGCGGAAGGCUGGGAACCAAGAUGAGAAACCGCGCGGGAAGCUCUCGUUGGAAGGGCGGACCGGCUUGCCUCGCAUGCAGGUGCCCUCAUCGUUAGCUCGCGCUAGCGAUAGAGCGCCGACGUACAAACCGCGCAGCGCUCGUCAGCAACGACCAGUACCGCCCUCACACAGCAGGCCACAGGAUCAGAGAGCCUCUGUGGCGCAGCCUGCUCAUUCGGCGGUGCCGUACGCGCCACUUGCCGCCCAACCCGCACCACCCGUUUCGUACUCUCAGACAGCGUUUCCGCAGGCAACCCAGCCGCAGAUGUAUCCUACGAGUGAUCCAAUGGCUGCACCAAACCAAUGGUACCAUAAUGCGGCGAUGCAGCAGGUUUUCCACCCGGCUAUGAUGCCGCAGCAGUACAACCCUCAGCAAUAUGCACCACCUCACUUUCCUCAGCAGUAUGCAGGGACGUAUUUACCGCCCCAGCAGUACCAAGAGCAGCUGGCGCCGCAACCUCCUGUAGGUCAGUAUAACCAGGCACAGUUAUUGCAGCAGCUACUACUGCAGCAGCAUAAUCAGAACCAGCAACAGCAAAACCAGCAAAACCAGCAAAACCAGUACCCGUACCCGUACAAUUACCAGCAACACCAACCUCCGCAUUAA